GGUGAUUCCCUCGCCUUGCAUCUGCUUCUCACUGGCAGCCCUGGCAUUAUGCAGAGACUUAUACUGCUGCUCUUAACCAUUUCCCUUCUACUAGAUCGAGAUCUUCCAGUGAGAAGUGAGUUUGAACUGGACAGAGUAUGUGGUUAUGGGACUGCCCGCUGCCGGAAGAAAUGUCAAAACCAAGAAUACAAAAUUGGAAGAUGCCUCAACACCUAUGCAUGCUGUUUGAAGAAAUGGGACGAGAGCUUACUGAAUUUUACCAAACACUGAAGCGCAGUAGUGCUGGUCCCUAGAGUCACUGGAAGCAGGACCUCGGUGACUUUUCUUCCCGAGGCUUCGCGGCACCCAGUGCAACCACGGAUCCUUAUGAAACGAGGUUUGCUGAGCUUCCCCUCAAUGCGAAGCCAAGCCUGUAUCGAAGAAUACAGGCUGGAAAGCCACCUCUGGUUGUGAUAAUGGAGGACAGCAAUGCAGAUUAAGCAUGAGUUGCAGUGCUUUACCAGUUGAACAAAAAAAUACGUCUACCUAAUCAGCUGUAAACCUAAGAAAAACAUCAUUUUUAUCCUAAUACUGGCUUUCUUUUCUGAUCAAAAGUUUUACUCAACAGUUACGUAUGUCUUUUUUUAAU